AUGGAUCUGCCUCCUGCACCGACUCCGCCCGUCUCUGGCGGCAUUGGCCCCAACUCGGAUCGCACUGCCAAUCUGCUCAACUUGCUCAAGUUUAGUGGCCCCGGCUCGUCGAGGGAGCCGCUGCAGCCGUCGACCCAGAGCCAUGGCCAGAGCCAGGGUCAAGCCCAAGCCCAAGCUCACCCUCAGGCUCAGGCCCAGCCCCAGGCUCCGCUGCCGUCUUCUUCCUCGUCCCAGCAGGCCGAGUCGUCCUCGCAAUCCCAAUCUCAAUCCCAAUCCCACCAUCAACCUCAACCGUCGGCCCAGCAACAGCAGAAGCCUGAGCGGCAAACCCUCGAGGUACACGACGACGACGACGACGACGAAGACGACGACGCGGACUACCGUAUCCAUAAACUUCACCAGAUGCAGUCGCCGAACCAGUUCUCGACCCGCAUUCACCAGCCUGCCCCCACGGCAGCCGAUCCAACUGGCCUGCUCGCCGCCCUUAUGAGAGGCGGCCACGACUUUGAAGAGCCCAAGUCAGCUCCCACGCCGCCGCAGACGCAGACGCAGGCCCAGCCCGUCAACCCCUUUGCACGCGAGACGCCGCCUGCAGACAGCACCUCGUAUCUGCUCAACCUUCUCAGGCCCAAGCCUUCCCAGACCGACCAGCCGCUUCUGGUUGAGGCUGCACGCUCGGCCGACACUCCGCAGUCGCAGGAUCAUCUGUCAGAGACCAGCAGCCGUUACUACGGACAUCACUCGCAGCAACAGCAGCAGGGCCAGCAGCACCAGCAGCAGCCCUUGAGCUCAUAUCACACGCAGGGUGGCUUUCAGCACCAGGCUGACGCGUUGGCCGGCCAUGGCCAUGGUGGCAUCAAUCCCAUCUUCUCGCCCAUCCAGAAGGAACCCGCGGAUGUGUCGGUGAUUUACCAGGCGCUGGCUGGCACCCUCAACCAGAUGUCGCCUCACAGCGCCAGCAGUGCCCACGGCUCUGGCCCGCCUCCUUUCCACAUCUUGAAAAAGGACCAGAGCUCACCGGCGGGCUCGAAUCCUUUUGGUGGCAGCGAGCGGAGCCCUCUCCAGAGCCCUCCCCAGCAGUUCAGACACGGCCUUGACCGUGCUUCGUCGCUCCAUUCUCAUCAUUCGCACCACUCGCACCACUCUCAGCAUUCGCAUCACUCCACCCAGCAGUCUCUGAAGCAGACGCCUCCGACUUCAGACUUUGGUAGCUUUGUCAACAUUGACAAGAAUAGAGAGACUGUCUCCGAGGCUGUUCAUGACCUCGCCGGUCGGGCCGACCGCGAUGCCCAGGAUGCUCUGGAUAGAGCUGAGCGCGAGACCGUGUCCAAUUAUGCCGAGAGCGCUACCAUCAAGCCUCACGACGAGAGUGAUUGGGUGCAGCCGUCCAACUACUCUGACGCCACUCGCUCCAUUGAGAAGCACACCAUCGAGGACAUCAAGUCUGGCUACGAGCAUCGUGGUUAUGGCUCCUCCGAAGAGCGUCUUUCAAAGGAUGCUCCGGAGUCCAGAGACAUUGACAAUCACGUCAUUGCCGACAGCUGGGAGAGCGCCGACCAGGACGAGAUUGUGGUCAUUGAGGAGAAGGAAGCGCCCUCUGUCAAGGUCUACAACUUCCCGAUGAAGCCGUGGAUCUCCAUCACGCUCCAGGAAGAUACGACUGAGCCUCGGCCACAGUUUCGAGAGGAGUCGAUCAUGGAUGUUGCUCACCUCAAGAAGGACUUUGACCAGAUCGACCGUAACCUGUACACCGCUUCCCAGACGUACAUGACGCACGGCAUGUCCAAGCAGGGUGGCCUGCGUGUCAUUCGCCAGGACGAUGGAAAGGACGCAAAGGUGUUUAGAGACACCAAGGACCGCAUCUUCAACGUCGCAAUGUCCGUCACCCCGCACGACUACGACGGUGUUUCCCGGGAAGCUAUCAUUGGUACCGGCAUCAGCGGCACCGUCUACUGGGUCCAGAUCAAGGACGGCGAGAAGGAUCACCUCGAGGAUCCCCAUCUGGAGCAGUACGGCUUCGCCCUGCCCCCGAUCAACUCCCAGGAGGGCGACGCCCCCGGAGGUGCCCUCAAGACUCGCGCCCGUGCUUCCACCAACCACCCCGAGUUCUUCGCCGUCGGCCGUGGCAAGUCCAUCCACUUCGUCUGGCCGUCCUUUAUCCUGCAAAACAACCUGUUCAAGCCUGGACACGAUCGCGUUGCCGACACCGAGGCGCUGCUGAGCCAAUGCUCCCUCAAGAUCAACACUGGCAAGGCUGGUAAGGACUUUACCUUUAGCCAGGACGACAGUGUCAUUGUCUCUCUGGACAAAUCCGGCCGCGUCAAGUUCUGGGAUGUUCGCGACCUGACCGCCGUCAAGGAGGGCUCGGAUCCUCGCAACCCCGCGCCCGCCCACUCGCACCUCGAGGUCAACGAGCCUCUCAUGACCCUGGCCAGCACCCCCGAAGGCGAAAAGGCCUGGCCGACCUCCGUCCUGCUUCUCGACAAGCAGCGCCCUUACCAGAAACGGUGUGCGCUGCGCUACAUGAUUGUCGGCAUGAAGCAGAACCACACCCUGCAGCUCUGGGAUCUCGCCCUGGGCAAGCCCGUCCAGGAGUUCAACCUCCCCCACAGCAAGGAGUCCGACGCCGUCUGCAGCGUCAUGUAUCACCCGUCCAGUGGCAUGAUCAUCAUCGGCCACCCCACCCGGAACUCGGUCUACUUCGCCCACCUCUCGGCCCCCAAGUACAACCUUAAGAGCGUUACCCAAGCCGAGUAUAUCCAGAAGCUCGUUUCCCAGGACCCUUCGAUCCCUCAGCCCGAUAGUACCGCUGUCAUCAGCGGUGUCCGCGAGUACUCUUUCGACAACCGCGGUAUCCUCCGCAGCUUGGACAUACUUGCCAACCCCGCCAUGGUCCAGGACACUGAUGAGCCCACGCUGUUUGAGCUGUAUGCCAUGCACUCCAAGGGCGUUGCUUGCCUUAUGGUGAAGCAGGCUGAGCUCGGAUGGUCCAAGGACAACAAGGUGCUCGACCCCGUCGAUGCUGUUGAUGUCGGCGUCGUCUCGGUGUCCAAGCUGAAGACGCCCGUGCAGGCGGACGUCACCAAUGGCGCCUCGGAGCAUGCUGCCGUCCCUACUCCUGUUCGCAUCGCUACCCGCACUGUCGCUAGAGAUCUUGCUCCACCACAGUCGUCUCAGGUCGCCGCUGCUUCCUCCUCGGAAGCCGCUACUCCUCGGGGCAUCAUUGAGCAACCGGCUGCUGUUACCCCGGCCAAGUCCAAGGGCGACGCCAAAGAGGUUGAAACGCCCGGACAGUCAUCGAAAGAAAACCACCCCGAGAAGCCCGAACGCAAGCAACGUAAGAAGAAGGGCAAGGAUGCCGAAGUCAACGCCAACGGAUCGGCGCCAUCGCAUAAGAGCGAGGCCGUCGCCAACAAGGGCGUCGUCGGUAGCUUUGCUGGCGCUGGUGGCCUCUCGUCUGAAGUGUUUGAUUCUACGAUUAGCAGUCUGGAGACCAGGCUUGGGGCUGCCAUAUCUGACACCUUCAAGUCCUCGAUGAACAAUCUGCACAGCAAGAUCAACGACAGCGCUCGCGCCAGGGACGACCACUUCAACCAGCACCAGCGGAAACUCCUCGACAUGGUUUCGGAUAUAUUGAACGAGAACACCCAGAAGGUGCUCGAGACUUUGAUCCACCAGCAGUUUACCGACGUGGUCAUUCCCACCAUUAGCGACAAGACCAGCCAGGCCGUCUCCGACAUGGUCCAGAACAAGCUGCAGGCCAACAUGGCGUCGUCCGUCCAGAAGGAGAUCCAGUCCGCCCUUCCCCACGCCGUUAGCCGCUCUCUCCGAUCCAACGACUUUAUCAACGCCAUUUCUGAUAGAGUCAGCAAUGUGGUUUCCACGAAUGUUCAGCAAGAGGUUCUCUCCACUUUGACUCAGCGUCUGGCGCCGACCUUCAGCAACAUUGCGACCCAGGCGGCUCAACGCGUGGCCACUGAUAUCCACAAGCAGUACCACGACCAGUUUGAGCAGUUGAAGGCGCAGCACGCUGCAGACAACAACAAGAUCGACCAGCUCCUGUCCUACGUUACCCGACUGACGGACAUGGUAUCCACAAUGGCAGCCUCGCAGUCGUCGCUCCAGGCCGAGUUCAUCAAGUUCAAGCAGCAACCCGUUGAGCUUCCCGUCGGUGUUGCUGGUGGCGUCAACAUCCCGCACCCCGCCAGCGUCGCACACAGCGUCGGAUCUCAUGGUUACGCUAACACUGUGGCCAGCCACCGCCCGAGCUUCCCGCCCAGCCAGCCGCCCAGCCAGGGCCCGAGCCACGGCCAACAGCAAUACGGCAGCCCUCAGUAUAUGCGCGGAUCCCAGCACGUGGCAAGCCCGCACGGGUCUGCUCCCCCUUCGGAGCACGUUGGGCCUGUCAACAACGUGUCUGCGCUUGCCGGCGCCUAUGCCAGCCAGAUGAGCAAGACCGAGGCCGAGGCCGACAAUGACCUCUUGCAACGCAUCCGGGUGAUUGAACAGGCCAUCUCCGAGAACCGCUUGCAGGACGCCAUGAUCCAAUGGAUCCAGAGCGGUCGCGAGACUGAAAUCUUCCGCCGCUGCCUGAGCCGAUACCCUCCCGGCAAGUUUGACGGCCUCCAGCCCUUGAUGCUGCUCGUCGUGAUUGCCACCAUCUCCAAGGACCUGAAGCCGAACCCGCGAUUGAAGGAAGAGGUUGAGUGGAUUGAGAUGGCUGUGAGGGCGUUUAGCGCCAGCUUGCCCAACUACAACUGGGACGACGACACUUCUCGUGAAGUCAUGAAGAGCACGUCGCAGACGAUGCAGUUGCUCAUUAACCGCGUGCAGCCCUUGAUUGCUGGUAUUCAGGAUGGUUUCCCCACCGAUCCCUUCCUGGCCAACCUUGAGAGAGGCAAGCUGGACUGGAUUGUGCGAGCAUCCGAACACAUCCUGUCUACCUUUUACUAG